GUAUGACAGUUCUAUUUACUGCAUCCGGAAAGUGGAGGCCGCGUGGCGGCUUGGCAUUUUGGGAGCCAUUCCGCAUUUACUACAUACUGUCACACGCUAAAAACGCAACUGUUCUCUCAACUAAAAAGUGGUCUAUUGCUGAUGACAAAGACGCGAGUUUCACAUAGCUGCCUUUCUUUUCCACCAGCGUCACAUGCCGCAUGAAAAAUAUUUUCCGGCAUCUCUUCGUCAUUUCGUUUCAGGCUCUCCCAACCUCAACCACCUCUACCUCCGAAUUUCUUCACCGCAUCGACAACGUCCUUUGUUUGCACCAUCUCAUUAAAUCCUCAGUCCAGCAGCAUAAAGUCCAAUAUGAGUUCUUCUAAAUAUGUCCUGCCUAAGCUCCCUUACGCUUACAAUGCACUCGAACCCUAUAUUUCCGAACAGAUCAUGACUAUCCACCAUUCCAAGCACCACCAAACCUAUGUGAAUAACCUCAACAUUGCCUUGCUCUCCCAGGCAACUGCUGUUUCCACGAACAGCCUUGCCCAUCAGAUAAACCUCCAAACCGCCAUUCGUUUCAACGCCGGCGGACAUAUCAAUCACGCUUUGUUUUGGGGCAAUCUCACUUCAGCCGCUGAGACGGCUCCAAGCCCUACCUCUUCUGUGGCUCCGCGUCUAGUCGCUGCCCUCGAGUCGCAAUGGGGAAGUGUUCAAGUUUUCAAGGAAAAAUUUGAGGCAGCACUACUGGCUAUACAAGGUAGUGGCUGGGGCUGGCUGGUGCAGGAUGUUGAUACGCAGCGGCUCGAAAUCACAACCAGCAAAGACCAAGAUAUUGUGCCGAAGGGUAAAAAACCGCUGCUUGGGAUAGAUAUGUGGGAGCACGCAUACUAUCUCCAGUACUUGAACAACAAGAAGGACUAUGCUGCUGGUAUCUGGAACGUGAUAAACUGGACUGUGGUGGAAAAGCGACUCAGCACCGAUGUCGAUGUCGUAUUCAAUAUUGUCGGCACCCUUGGGGCGAAUUUAUAGUCGAAUAACAGAUGCAGAUGGAGAAAUACCAUUAUAACUUUAUAUAACUCUUUUUAAAGAGUGUCGCAUGUUCCUGAUUAAUAUUGAGCCCUUUAUUUGUUUUAUCUUACCUCUUGCCAUAUAAGUCCAUCAGAGUGGCUGCUGUUUCUCGGCGCGGGAUACGAUUAGAAUUAAUAUAUUCAUUUCUUA